ACCGCCUGAAUUUAUAUACAAUACAAGAGAGAAUAUACAAUACGAGAAUGUACAGAGAAUAUAAGAAUACAAGAAUUUGGAAUAAAUUAAUCAAUAAUAAUUUUAUUAACUUGAUGAUAAAAACUUAAUAAUACGUUAAAUUAAAUUUUAUUAUCGCACAAUCUGUCUUCUAUCAGCUAUAAUUAUUGUUUAUAUUACAUCAGGACGUGUGUGAUUCUUAUAACCUAUAAGCCUUUAGUUUUGAAAAGUAUUUAUUAAGUACAAGGUAUUUAUUGAAACGUCAAAAUGUUACGGAGACAAGCGAGGCUUCGUAGAGAAUAUCUCUACAGAAAAUCCGUUCAAGAUAAAUUAAAAAGCAUUCAAGAAAAGAAGGAAAAACUUAAACGCAGCCUAGAGCAAAAUAUACCUAUACAUCCAGAUCUAAGAAAAGAUGCUUUGAACAUACAAAAACAAUUAGCUUGGGAAGAUGCUGGACCAGAAAUGGCUGUUGCUAUUGGAACAGAAAUGGGAGGUGUUGUGGGAUCUCACGAAGAUGAUGAAUAUCGUUGGGCCGGAGUUGAAGAUCCAAAAAUUGUGAUUACCACUUCUCGCGACCCAAGUUCCAGAUUGAAAAUGUUUGUCAAAGAAUUGCGUUUGAUAUUUCCUAAUUCUCAAAGAAUGAAUCGAGGAAACUAUGAAAUGAAACAAUUGAUACAUGCGUGCAGAGCAAACGACGUUACAGAUUUCAUAAUUGUGCACGAACACAGAGGCGUGCCUAAUUCUCUUAUUAUUUGUCAUCUUCCCUAUGGACCUACUGCAUAUUUCACCAUGUCGGACGUUAUUAUGAGACACGAUAUUCCUGAUAUUGGAACCAUGUCUGAACAAUAUCCUCACCUUAUAUUUCACAAUUUCAAAACAAAGUUAGGUGAACGUGUUAUGAGUAUUUUAAAAUAUUUAUUCCCAGUACCAAAAGAAGAUAGCAAAAGAAUAAUUACUUUUGCCAAUCAUGAUGACUACAUAUCCUUCCGGCAUCACACUUAUAAAAAGAUUCAUGGAAAGGCCAUCGAACUGGUAGAAGUUGGUCCCAGAUUUCAAUUAAAAUUAUAUCAAAUUAAAUUAGGUACUUUGGAUGCAGAAGCAGCAGCUGAUACGGAAUGGGCAUUAAGACCUUACAUGAAUACUAGCCACAAGAGAAGAUUUUUAUCUAACGAAGAUGGAUGGCAACAAGAAGAUGAUAUUUAAAUUUGUAUGCAUUUCUUUUAAUUAAUUCCAACGAACUCGAUAAUGUAAAUAAUACAUUUUUUUUAUAACAUA